UCAAAUACUUGCUAUUACGUGAAAGCCAAUGAAAAUAUAAAACUUACAAUAGUUUGUUCCUCAUUGAAUUAUUUUUUGUGCCUGGCGUAGAGAGGAGCAUCGAGGAACAUCAAGGAGCAUCAGGGGACGUUUAAAGCCAGUGCCAAUUGAGAUAACACUUCUACGUCCUUAAAGAAAAUACAUCUACAGAAAGCGAGCAUGGUUGUGUGAAAGAUGUAAAUGGCGCAAAACGACGUGAUUGUCAUCAGCGACGAUGAAGGAGACUUUGUCAACAAAAAGAUAUCGGAGGAAACACAAAUUAUUGUUAUCGAUGAGGACGAUGACAUUGUCGAAUUGACGGAAACGACGAGCAAUGUUAUUGAAACAAUCGCAAGUAGUCAAGUUAAAUCUGAGUCCUGUCGUCCGUUGAAAAAUUUGAAAUUCAGCGAAAAUGGCGUUAAGAGGCUCCAAGCCCAGGUAAAGCUCAUCGACAUUGGAAAAUCGAAGAAGCCACUGAAACUUAAAGCUGUGAAACCAGAGAAUGACGAGGUAGUUGCAACCAGUUCAACCGAAUUCAAAGAAACCAAUUCAUCGGUGCAGCAGGUUAAGACUGAAGAAGUGGAUGCACACAAUGGGGAGUUAAGAAUGAACCUCUUUGAGAAAUUCUGGUCUGGUAAACAAGAAAUCAUCAGCAACAAACCUGCAAAAGUCAUUGAAAGUUUUGAUGACUCAUACAAACACAAAAAGGCUAAAAGCCUUUGUCAGUCUCCAUCUUCAUUAAAGCAGAGGAGACUCACUGCUGAGAGUUUCUCUCCUAAGAAGAGGCCUCCUUUACAUGGGAUUGUGAGAGAUGGAGAGCUUUUACAUUACACAACACCUUUACACUGCACAGUUCCACUGAAAAAAUUAGAACUUGCAAGCAAACAAGAAGAAAGCUUGAGCAAAACCUUCACUGAAAACCAGCUGAAUUCACUGCAGGCUCUUAAAGAAGAGAAUUUUCACAAAACCUACCUGGAAACUGUCACCAGCUUUAUGAGUCCACGUCGUAAACCACCUCCAUCCCUUCUGUUUUACCUGUUCAAUAAUAUCUUGCUCUCCAAGCAAAGUGGCUGUGGUACAGAAUGUUUUAGAAUUCUCUUACGGAUUCAAGAAUUGCAUCCUGCUGAGGUGGCACAGAUGUUACAACAGAAAAUUACAUGGGAGUUUGUUUCCAUGAUAGUGAAGCUAGCAGGAUGCACACAGUCUCACACAGUGGAAAGCUUUAAAAUGAAUGCCUCCAUGGCUUUGUCUUUUCUUGUAAGUGUCAUGGAAAAGGAAGUUGAGAAAAAGAAAGUCUGCCUUGUCAAGACAAGUGCGCACCAAUUUUUCUCAGUAGAUAGACUUUCGGGUAAUUUUCAUGAUGUUGUAGAGUGGGUUAAAAAGGCCACAGAAGAACAUCGCAAGGAACAAUUGGACCAACAUUGUGGGCAUAACUUCUGUCCACUAUAUUUAUUACAAAGAAUGCUUCAGUUGUCAGUGUUAGUCAGUCAAAGACCAGAGGACACUGCUGUAAGACUAGCCAAUGAUUUAGUUUUGGCUUAUGUAGAGUUACCAUCUAUCAAGUAUAAAACAUUGUUGCUUCAGUCAAUACAGUCACAUUUAUUGAAGACAAAGCUGAUUGAAAUUGUGGUGAAAAACUGUUGUUCUAUUGAUGAAGAGUUAGAGGAGGAAAGAAUGACUAGCUCUGGAUUGAAAAAUGUGGUCUUAAACUUCAAAAGAUCUCCACCUCUCUCUGAUGGCAUUGUUAGCACUACAAACUGUGAAGAAUUUGUUAUGCUUCUUGCAUAUUGGCUGCAAAGCUUUAUUUUCUGUCACAAGAGGUCUUUAAUGGCAAAAGGAAAAGAAUCACAGCGAGUUUUGUCCCUAAAUGAUGUGGAGGUACUGAGGAGAAUUGAACAGGAAGUGUCUAUUUUGACAGCUCGUUUAGAGUUAUUAUGUGACUCUACACUCUCCCCAAGAAGCUACCAAUUACUGCAAUUAAUCUUGUCACUAAAGAGUUUUGCACAAAUUCCAUAGAUGAUGUUGCUGCAAAUUGUAUGAUGUCAUGUAACAAGGGUGAUUGAGACUGUUUUGUUGUACUUAAGUAGCUUGAUGCAUGAUUACAAUCAAGAGAAAAUCUCACCAAAACCGUGAUUUCCUGUGCUUCUGUUGGAAACUAAAAGAAUCAGGAUGAAGAAUGAGUCAGGUUGGUUUGGAAAAGUUUAGGACAAAGAACAUGUGAUGUGAAUUAAAUAGUUUAUAUAUGUCACAAUUUUGGCAGAUAGCAUAUUAUAAAUAAAUACCAUUCAUAUUCAGAGUACAUUUUGGUGGCAAGUUUUUUUUUAUAACCAUUUAUUUGAAUGAUGUGGGGAUUUAGGAAUGUUGUUUUAAAUCCAGAUUCACUGAAAUCCAGGAUAUUAUAAUUUUCUAACCACCUGAAAAAAAAUUCCAAAUCAAUACAGAACAGCACUGACAAUUACUAUUCACUACAGCAGCAGUUAUCAUUAGCAUGCAUUAUCCCUUCUUCCAGGUCACUUAAUCCUUUGACUCUCAGGAUUGACCAAGAAAGAAUUUCUCCUUACAGUAUCAAUACAAUAUCAAGCAGAUAAGUGAUGAGAAUAAAGAGAAAUAUGCAUAUUGGAAUUAUUAGUUGAUCCAAUAUGGAAUUCAUAGAACUAACAUCAUAAGAACUGUAUGGUAGACAGUAAAGAGAAUUACUAUUGAGAUCUUGGGAGUGAAAGGGUUAAACCUCUUGGGUUGGGCACUCUUCACUUGUGCAACAUAUACAAUGAAAAAGUUAUUCCUUUAAAAAAUGGGUGAAUACAUUUUAUUGUCAAAUAAUCCUGUUGCGUUCAUCAAAGGUAUAUCCGAUUAUUUUUUAACAAUAUGCACAUGGUUAAAUUUUUAUUUGCUAAGGAGAAGGUUUUAGGUCAAUUCUUGAACCCACUGAUGUCAAAGUGGAAACACAAGGGAAUAAGAGUUGAACUUCUCACAGCUGAUCAUUUUUAAUUGCUUAUCUUUCAGGCCAUUUCUAAUUUUCACCAGGAACUAUGCUUAGCUGAUAACAUAUUUAUGCUAUAGAAAUUUGUGGCACUCUGUUUUCCUGAGAAGUGGUAUUUUGUUGGUUAUGUAAGAGAAUUAAGACAAUUAAUAUUUAAUUUUGAUAGGACUGUAUGUGAAAGUUAGAAAUUAUUUAUUUUCAAGGUUUGGUAUAUAAUAUGUU